AUGGCCGAAAUUCUCGCUCUCGCAUUCGAGCACUCCCCGUCCGGCUUCGGGAUCCAGCAUGACGCGCCCCGUCUCUCGUGGAAGGCUACUUGUUCGAACAAGAGUAUUCGCAAUUGGGUCCAAACCGCAUACGAGAUUGCCCUGAAAGCACCGGAAUGCCAUCCGGAGGACGAAGGACAGAUCUAUCGAGUGGACAGCCCCGAGUCGACGUGGGUGCCAUGGCCGGGCCCUCCGCUGCGCUCACGCGAACGUAAGCUGAUUCGCGUGCGCGCUCACGGCACCUGGACGGAAACGACAGGAGAUCAUGGCCCAGAAGCCAAAGAGCAUGCUGGUUGCACUGCGUGGUCGACAUGGAGCCGGGUGGAGUGUGCUUUGCUCAGCCAGCAGGACUGGGCCGCCGUCCCGAUGGUUCACACGGCGAUCGGAGGCGAGCAGACUCUCAGACCGGUCGUGUUCCGGAAGACCUUCGAGCUCCCUGCCGAUUUUGGGGCCGUGGAACAAGCGAGACUCUACGUGACAGCGCUGGGGAUGUAUCGGGUCUAUCUGAAUGGGAAGCGGGUGGGGGACGACGAGUUGGCCCCGGGCUGGACGAGCUACCACCAUCGUAUGGCGUACCGGGCUCAUGAUGUCUCUGCCGGGAUCGCAGCUCGCAAUGUGCUGGGAGUGGAGGUGGCCGAGGGGUGGUAUGCAGGCCGCCUGGGGUUCAACGGUGGGAGGCGGUGCCUCUACGGCGACCAGAUCGGUGCGCUCGUUCAAUUGGAGAUCGUUGGCGCCCGGAAGGAUCACUUGUUGCAGGUCGUGUCGGACAGCAGUUGGAAAUGCAACUUCAGCCCCCUCGUGCGCAGUGAGCUCUAUGAUGGCGAGCUGUACGACAUGCGCGAGGAGCUGGGAGACUGGCACGGCGACCCCGACUACCAGGAGACGACGACGACGACGGCGGCGGCGGCUUGGAAGCCGGUCGUGACGCUGGCUUUGCCGGAGGCAUCCUUGGUCGUCCCUCGAGCGCCCGCUGUCCGGGUUACACAGCAGGUUACAGCGCGGCGCUUGUUUACCACCCCUUCUGGGCGUUUGAUUCUCGACUUCGGUCAGAAUCUGGUGGGUAAACUUCAUGUGCGGGAGUUGGGACUGCCCGCCAAUGCUGAGGCGAAAUUCACGCACGCAGAGGUGUUGGAGAAUGGGGAGUUGGGCAUACGACCGCUGCGUCAAGCCAAAUGCAUCGACGUGAUCAUUUCCUCCGGAGAGACCCUCAGGGACUGGUCCCCGAAGUUUACCUUUCAUGGAUUUCGCUUCGUGCAGGUAGAUGGAUGGGACCCCCUGUCCUCAUCACUCUCUUCGCAAGAGAAUAUCACCGCAUUGAUAUUACACACAGACUUUGCUCCGACGGGGGAUUUUGAGUGCUCGAAUGAUGCGAUCAACCAGCUGCAUCGCAACGCUCGGUGGAGCAUGCGAGGCAACUUUGUGUCCAUCCCAACUGAUUGCCCCCAGCGGGACGAGCGGCUGGGCUGGACUGGUGAUAUCCAGGUCUUCAGCCCGUCGGCAACCUUCUUGUAUUACUGCGAAGGGAUGCUGGCCGACUGGAUGGAGGACGUAGCUGCAGAGCAGCACGACGAUGGAGGAGUGCCUCCACUAGUCGUGCCGAAUGUGCUUCAGCACGUCUGGCCCCCGAUGCCACAGGCUGUCUGGGACGAUGUGGUGAUUAUUCUGCCGUGGAAUCUCUACCAGGCCUCGGGUGAUGUGGAAAUCCUCCGGCGACAGUAUCCCAGUAUGAAGGCAUGGCUGGACCAGGGGGUUCGUCGGGGCAACGAUGGGCUGUGGGAUCCGGACCACUGGCAGCUCGGAGACUGGCUGGAUCCUCAGGCUCCUUCAGACGAGCCAGGAGAUGGGCGGACUAGCGGCGUGCUCGUGGCAGAUGCCUACUUGGUGCGCGUCACCAGAACCCUGGCACAGAUCAGUCGACUUCUCGGGCAAGAAGCCGACUAUAUCCACUACCAGCAAGCAUCCGACCGACACCUCCAAGCCUUCCAUGCCAAGUAUGUGACUCCGAGCGGGUUGGUCGCCGGCGACUCCCAAACAGCGUAUGCUUUGAUCAUCGUCUUUGGCUUGGUAGAUUCCGAAACCCAACGUACAACCAUCAGCCGCCAGCUGUCGCGCCUGGUGCGUAUGGCCAAAUUCCGCGUGGCCACGGGGUUUGCCGGCACCCCCAUCAUCCUCCAGGCCCUCAGUGACAGCAACAAUCUGAGCCUAGCUUACCGGAUGCUACUCGAGGAUAAGUGUCCAUCGUGGCUUUAUCCUAUCAUGCAGGGGGCCACAACCAUCUGGGAACGAUGGGAUAGCCUGUUGCCGGAUGGGUCGAUCAACCCCGGCGAGAUGACCAGCUUUAAUCACUAUGCUCUCGGGUCUGUUGUUCAAUGGCUGCAUGAGACCGUCGGGGGCUUGGUCCCGCGCGAGCCCGGGUGGAAGACUGUCCUUGUGUCUCCUCAACCGGGGGGGCCUUUAACCCACGCGGCGGUUUCGCAUGACUGCCCGUAUGGGCGCUGGUUCUGUCGAUGGGAGUUGAGCCCUUCGCAGGAUGAUGAUCGUGUGAAGGUGCUCGCGGUCGAGCUCGACGUGCCCCUGAAUGCAACGGCCAUCGUUCGACUGGGCUCUGAGACGGGGGAACAAAAGGUCGGGUCCGGGCAUUAUCGGUUCCAGGUCCCUUUCGUCCCUCAGCCCUAUCCGCCUGAGGCUAUUGCUCCAUUUAUCACUAACCCUGGUCAGGGUCUCUGACCUCCAUCGGCCCAUUGUCUGUCGUGAGUAGUGAUCUGGAACGAAACUAGCAGAAUUUUCAAAGCAAACACUCCCAGCGAAUCUUAUGCACUGAUUCCCAG